AUGCUCACGGUGUCCCUCCUGGACGCGCACCUCGCGAGGUGCUGCUCCGCGCGGCAGCUGCUUCAGAUCCACGCCCAGUUCAUCGCCUCCGGCCUCCUCGCCGACGCCUUCGCCGCCAGCCGCCUCCUCCUCUUCACCUCCGCCACCCGCUUCCUCCCGCUCCCGCUCCACCACUCCUUCCGCCUCCUCCAGCUCGUCCACCACCCCAACGCCUUCUCCUGCAACACCCUCCUCAAGGCCGCCCUGCUCGCCGGGAUGCCGCACCUCUGCCUGCCACUCUACGCCUCCCUGCCAGCGCCCCCCGACGCCUACACCCACCCCACCCUCGCCGCGGCCUGCGCCGCAAGGAGGGACGCGGCCGAAGGCCGGCAGGUGCACUCCCACGCCAUCAGGCACGGGUUCGGCGACAACUUGUACGUCAGGAACGCCCUGAUGCACAUGUACUCUGCUUGCGGCUGUCUCUGGGACGCGCGCAGGGUGUUUGACGCAGGGCCCACGUGGGACGCUGUUUCGUGGAACACGAUCCUGGCUGCGUACGUGCAUGCCAGGGAUGUCGACCAGGCACUUGGUGUGUUUGCGCGGAUGCCGGCGCGGAAUGCUACGGCGGUGAGCUCGAUGGUGUCGUUGUUUGGGAAGAGGGGUAUGGUGGAUGAGGCGUGGAGAGUGUUUGACGAGGCCGACUGCAGGGAUAUCUUCGCGUGGACGGCCAUGGUUUCUUGCUUUGAGAGGAACAACAUGUUUGCAGAGGCCUUGCACGUGUUCUCGUGUAUGCGUCGAGAGCCGUGGCCUCUGGAUGAGGCGCUGAUGGUCAGUGUGGUGGCCGCUUGCGCUCAGUCGGAGAUAAUUCAGAAUGGGGAACUAUGCCAUGGACUGAUUAUCAGAGCUGGCCUGUGUUCGCUGGUGAAUGUUCAGAAUGUGCUGAUCCAUAUGUAUUCAUGUUGCCUGGAUGUCGCUGCGGCGCGGAGAUUGUUUGACAGUAGCAAGUGCUUGGACAUGUUUUCCUGGAACUCGAUGAUGGCUGGCUAUCUAAAGAAUGGUCAUGUCAAAGAUGCAAUGGCAUUGUUCAGUGCAAUGCCUCGCAAGGACAAUGUUUCUUGGAGCACGUUGAUAUCUGGCUGUGUGCAGAAUAACCAAUCCUCAGAUGCGCUCUCUGUUUUCGAUAGCAUGCGAUCCCAGGGAAUCAGGCCAGAUGAGGUUACUGUUGUCAGUGUUAUAUCUGCAUGCACUAAUCUGUCCGCUUUGGAGAAAGGAAGGUCAGUGCACGAGUACAUAAGGCAAAACAACUAUCACAUCACUCUUGUACUUGGGACUAGCCUCAUUGACAUGUACAUGAAGUGUGGAUGCUUGGAAGCUGCAUUGGAAGUCUUCAACCUAAUGGAAGAAAAAGGAACGCCUUGCUGGAAUGCUGUCAUUGUCGGACUGGCCAUGAACGGCCUUGUGACAAAAGCCCUUGACAUGUUUUCAGAGAUGGAGGCAUCUGGCACUGCUAUCCCGAAUGAGAUAACUUUCACUGGAGUUUUGAGUGCUUGCCGAAAUGCUGGCAUAGUUGAGGAGGGCCGUCACUUCUUCAAGUUGAUGCGGCACAAGUACCAAAUCACGCCGAACAUUAGACAUUACGGAUGCAUGGUUGAUCUUCUUGGACGUGCUGGAUAUGUUAAAGAGGCUGAGGAUAUGAUUGAGAGCAUGCCCUUGUCACCUGAUGCUCCAGCAUGGGGUGCAUUGCUUGGUGCCUGCUGGAAGCAUGGUGAUAAUGAGGUUGGGGAAAGGGUGGGGAGGAAGCUUGUUGAUAUGGAUCCUCACCAUGACGGGUUUCAUGCUAUGCUGUCUAACAUAUAUGCUAAAGAGGGGAUGUGGCAAUCUGUAAAUGAUCUAAGGGGUUCCAUGAAGCAACGCAAUGUCAUAAAAGUUUCAGGGCACACUGUGCUUGAAUUGUCACAUUCUUCAUGA